GGCACAAAUCGAUUACUUUUCAUCUGCUCAAAAAUGCGAGCCAUUUUUCUUUUGUACGUAUUUUGUGCAAUCGCUAAAGCUGAACAUAUUACGUUCGGUUACGCGUCGUCCAUUGCGGUCUACAAGAAAAGCGCAUAUCUUGCUCUUCCUCGCAGUUCUUGCUACAAUGAUCCGUUGGGUCCUACCCUUCUGGAAGUGCAAUGGAAUGCCGACAAUUCCCAGCUGAAUUCGGAGCGCAAAUCCUUCUUCGGUCAGACUUGGGGGAAGUGCAGUCAAUUGCAAAGUGCAAUCUCGCUGGACGUCAACAAUCGGAAAAGUCGGCUUUGGGUGUUGGACCAGGGGAACGACCAUUGCCCGCCAAAGGUCGUCGUUUACGGUUUGCCCUCAAAUAUGGAGUUGGCGAAAUGGACACUUGGCAAUUUUGGACCGGACGAGCUAAGUAUGCUGAUUCUUGACGUUUCAGACGAGUAUGGGACACUCUGUUACGUUGGCAACAAUCGGUUUGAUAAAUUAACAGUUGUUUCUUAUGAUCACCGCAAGUG